AUGGCUUCUGCAGCUCCCCCCCGGCGCUUCAAGCCCGAGCCUAUUGAGACGACAGUUUCGUCCUCCAAGGAUAGAUAUAAGCAAGAGCAUGCUGAGGGGGAUAAGCCCCCAAGGUUUGCGCCCCAGCCCAUUGAGACGACAGUUUCGUCGUCCAAGGACAAGCACCGGCAAGAGCAGGCCGAGGGGAAAAAGCCCCGAAGAUUUGCGCCUGAGCCUAUUGAGACGACAAAGUCGAGUUCAAAAGCCACGCGCAGGUUUUUGCCCGAGCCCUUUGAAACAACAACCACGAGCUCCAAAUCCAUCCGGAGAUUCGCACCGGAGCCCAUUGAGACGACGAGCACAAGCUCCAAGGCGAACCGCAGAUUCAAACCCGAACCUCUCGAAACCACGGCCAGGUCGAACCGCCGCUUUGCUCCCGAGCCAAUAGAAACCACAACAAGAAGCAGUCGUCACAGAUUUGCCAAGGACUGGGAAGCGCAAACAUCCCCCACGGAUAAAUUCAAGGCCAAUCCCAUGGAAACAGCCUCAAAGAAGCUGCCCAUCAAGAGAUACAGGCCCCAGCUCAUCGAGACUGCCCAGAGACACCGCAAGGCCGGCGACGACGAGCCCGCACUGCUGCCACGCGACAAGACGGAAGCGACACCAGAUUCAUUCAUCAGUGCCCGAAAGGCACGAAUCCUUGGCAUACCACCCACGCCGCCAGUCAAUACGCCAAGUUACGAUAUUUCACAGAAUCCCCUGUUCUUGGAGAUUCAACGCAACGCUUCACCGCUGGGCAGACGGCGAUCGUACUUUAGCUCUUCACAGCACUCGUUCCGUGUACCAGACUUGGACCCCAUCGAGUCCUCCGAGUCCGAGGCAUCAGUGCCAUCGUCGCCCAUCGAGUCACUUCCUUACAGCUCCGACCACUCCUUCAUGUACAAGGAGGCCACGCGGCGACGAGAAAGUGUGGACGGCACUUCUGCCGGAUAUCUGCUCCAGCUGGCUGCAAAGACUGCCGAGAAGCAACUUCAAGAACAGGCACUGGCCGCAUUCCCCAACAGCGAGGACCACGAGCCUGUGACUCACUAUGUAGACCACGACACGGACGAGUCUGAGCCAUCCAUGACAGAGGCGAAACAGCAGCCAGAGGCAUCAUACUCACAAAUCAACUGGGAGUUGGAGGAUAUGCGGAAAUUCCAUGAAAAACAAGGGACUGAAAAGGACAAGUCGGCGCCUGCACAAAACGCAAAGCCUGCGUUUAGUCCGUUUGGCAACCCAGCCGGCUUUCUCGAUGCUGCCACGGCCAAGAAGCUUGCAAACGAACGCAAAGACCCUGAACUGGAGCGUCAGCGCAGAGAAGCCCGACCUCCGAUGCUUGGGCAGGAUAUCAAAUUUCCACGCUGCGCAUCACCCGAGCCAUCUCGGUUCGACCCCACGCAAGGGUGCGAUGCCGUCAAGACAGCCAUGUGCUAUCUCUCGGAGCAGUCCAAGGCCGCUUCGGAAAAGGGAGAGAGUCUGUGGUGCGGCGUGGGAAAUGGAAGGCAAACCAGCACAACACCAUCAUUGUGGUCUAAUGCCAACAGUCGAGCGUCGAGCACUCAUGGUCUGUGGGGUGGAAUGUGCGUCAAUGGUGGAGACAAGUCUCCACGCGGGCCGAGUGGUCUCCUGACGCCCCACAACGAGAAGCCAAAUCCCAUAUCGCCCUAUCCCACGCCCACUGCGAGUCUGCUGCCCCCCACGCCCCCGGCGUCUAGCUCAGGCGCCACGUUUGCGUCGUCCGACUUUGCAGGCAUCGAUGAAAAGCUCGCUGUGGAGCAGACGAUUGAAGAAGAGUUUGGCGACGACUUUGUUACGCAGGUGUACAACUACCUCUCGCUGGGCUACCCGUCGAUGGCGCGUCCGUUUGACGAGGAGCUCUCCAAGAUCUCGGGCAUUCCCAUUUCUGAACUGAGGCAGGAUGACCACCUUGCCUCGUCGCGCGGGUACAUACGACUUGGGAAAGACGGCAAUCUCAAGGACUCUGAGAUUACGGAGGAGACGUGCAUGCGUUGGCGGGCGUUGCGCAUCUACAUCCAGGAGUGGGCGAGACAGCACCCCAACAUGGCCGAGGAUGAUGUCACGGGCCCUAGCAGUGGCACUGCUGUGCGGAGAGGCAGCUGGGCGCUCUAG